AAUGGAGAGCCGAGGCGUGUUCGCGGCGGAGGCGCCGUUACCCGGGGCCCGCCGUCCCCAAGCCUGAGGGGACCGCAGGUAGAGCGUCUCGGCCGUGGAAAUGAGGUUGAACACGCGUUAGGUUGUGAGUGACACUAGCUGAAUCCGGGUGACCCGCCCUCGGGGGAACUGCGCUGAGAUUGGCUCACGGAGGGAUUAAUUGGUGAGCUGUGUUGGGCUUGGUUCUGUGCAAAUGGAGUAUAGGACUCAGUCGUCUCGGCCCAAAUGAGAGCAGCCUCCUGUCCAGGAUGGAGAAGAAGCGCAGAAAGAAAUGAAAGCCUCUCCUCGGGCCAAGCUACGGACGGCCAUGCGGCUUAGCUUUCAUUUACAUUGGACAACACUGUAGGACGGCUCGCCAGAAAGGUUGCAGUGUCUAGCAAAACAAAAAUUCACUGCUAAUCAAGGAAGAAAAAAGUGCACUUUGAAUUGUGGCGAUUUUAUGACCAUGAAGCUCAUCAACAUCUGGCUGCUUCUGCUAGUAGUUUUGCUCUGUGAGAAACACCUGGGUGACAAGCUGGAAAAGAAAUCUUUUGAAAAGGCACCAUGCCCUGGCUGUUCCCACUUGACUUUGAGGGUGGAGUUCUCCUCAGCAGUUGUGGAAUAUGAAUAUAUUGUGGCUUUCAAUGGAUACUUUACAGCCAGAGCUAGAAAUUCAUUUAUUUCAAGUGCUCUGAAGAGCAGUGCAGUAGACAAUUGGAGAAUUAUACCUCGGAACAAUCCAUCCAGUGACUACCCUAGUGAUUUUGAGGUGAUUCAGAUAAAAGAGAAGCAGAAAGCUGGGCUGCUAACACUCGAAGAUCAUCCAAACAUCAAACGGGUGACACCCCAGCGGAAAGUCUUUCGUUCCCUGAAGUAUGCUGAAUCUGACCCCAUCAUGCCUUGUAAUGAAACUCGGUGGAGCCAGAAGUGGCAGUCAUCUCGUCCCCUGAGAAGAGCCAGUCUCUCCCUGGGCUCUGGCUUCUGGCACGCGACAGGACGGCAUUCAAGUAGACGGUUGCUGAGAGCCAUUCCACGCCAGGUUGCCCAGACACUGCAGGCAGAUGUACUGUGGCAGAUGGGAUACACAGGUGCUAAUGUUAGGGUCGCUGUUUUUGAUACUGGGCUAAGUGAGAAGCAUCCUCACUUCAAGAAUGUGAAGGAGAGGACCAACUGGACUAAUGAGCGCACCCUGGAUGAUGGGCUGGGCCAUGGCACAUUUGUGGCAGGUGUGAUCGCCAGCAUGAGGGAAUGCCAAGGAUUUGCCCCAGAUGCAGAACUUCAUAUCUUCAGGGUCUUUACCAACAAUCAGGUAUCGUACACAUCUUGGUUUUUGGAUGCCUUCAACUAUGCCAUCUUAAAGAAGAUUGAUGUGCUGAACCUCAGCAUCGGUGGUCCUGACUUCAUGGACCAUCCCUUUGUUGACAAGGUGUGGGAAUUAACAGCAAACAAUGUAAUCAUGGUUUCUGCUAUUGGUAACGAUGGACCUCUUUAUGGCACUCUGAAUAACCCUGCUGAUCAGAUGGAUGUGAUUGGAGUGGGUGGCAUUGACUUUGAAGAUAACAUCGCCCGCUUUUCUUCCAGGGGGAUGACUACCUGGGAACUACCAGGAGGCUAUGGUCGUGUGAAACCUGAUAUUGUCACCUAUGGUGCUGGAGUGCGGGGUUCCGGUGUGAAAGGGGGAUGCCGGGCCCUCUCUGGGACCAGUGUUGCCUCUCCAGUGGUCGCCGGUGCAGUCACCUUGUUAGUGAGCACAGUCCAGAAACGUGAGCUGGUGAAUCCUGCCAGUAUGAAGCAGGCCCUGAUUGCAUCAGCCCGGCGGCUUCCUGGUGUCAACAUGUUUGAGCAAGGCCAUGGCAAGCUGGACCUGCUUAGAGCCUAUCAGAUCCUCAACAGCUACAAACCACAGGCCAGUUUGAGCCCCAGCUACAUCGACCUGACCGAGUGUCCCUACAUGUGGCCCUACUGCUCCCAGCCCAUCUACUACGGAGGAAUGCCAACAAUCGUUAACGUCACAAUCCUCAAUGGCAUGGGAGUCACAGGAAGAAUUGUGGAUAAGCCUGACUGGCAGCCCUAUCUGCCACAGAAUGGAGACAACAUUGAAGUCGCAUUCUCUUACUCCUCGGUGUUGUGGCCUUGGUCAGGCUACCUGGCCAUCUCCAUUUCUGUGACCAAGAAGGCGGCUUCCUGGGAAGGCAUUGCCCAGGGCCAUGUUAUGAUCACGGUGGCUUCCCCAGCAGAAGUGGAAUCAAACAAUGGUGCAGAGCAAACUUCAACAGUGAAGCUCCCAAUUAAGGUGAAGAUAAUUCCUACCCCUCCUCGGAGCAAGAGAGUCCUUUGGGACCAGUACCACAACCUCCGCUACCCCCCUGGCUACUUCCCCCGGGACAACCUAAGGAUGAAGAACGACCCUCUGGACUGGAAUGGUGACCACAUCCACACAAACUUCAGAGACAUGUACCAGCAUCUGAGGAGCAUGGGCUACUUUGUGGAGGUCCUCGGCUCUCCCUUCACAUGUUUUGACGCCACUCAGUAUGGAACUCUGCUAAUGGUGGACAGUGAAGAGGAGUACUUCCCCGAGGAGAUCACCAAGUUGAGGAGGGAUGUGGACCAUGGCCUUUCACUCGUUGUCUUCAGUGACUGGUACAACACCUCCGUUAUGAGAAAAGUGAAGUUUUACGAUGAGAACACGAGGCAGUGGUGGAUGCCAGAUACUGGAGGAGCCAAUAUCCCAGCUCUGAAUGAGCUGCUGUCUGUGUGGAACAUGGGCUUCAGUGAUGGCCUGUAUGAAGGGGAGUUCGCCUUAGCCAGCCAUGACAUGUACUAUGCUUCUGGGUGCAGCAUCGCCAAGUUUCCAGAAGAUGGCAUAGUGAUAACACAGACUUUCAAGGACCAAGGGUUGGAGGUUUUGAAGCAGGAGACAGCAGUUGUUGAAAAUGUCCCCAUUUUGGGACUUUAUCAGAUUCCAGCUGAGGGUGGAGGCCGGAUUGUGCUGUAUGGAGACUCCAAUUGCUUAGAUGACAGUCACCGACAGAAAGACUGCUUUUGGCUUCUGGAUGCACUCCUUCAAUAUACGUCAUAUGGAGUGACCCCUCCCAGCCUCAGUCAUUCAGGGAACCGACAGCGCCCUCCCAGCGGAGCUGGCUUGGCCCCUCCUGAGAGGAUGGAAGGAAACCAUCUUCAUCGGUACUCCAAGGUUCUUGAGGCCCAUCUGGGAGACCCGAAACCCCGGCCUCUUCCAGCCUGUCCACACUUGUCUUGGGCCAAGCCACAGCCUUUGAAUGAGACGGCACCCAGUAAUCUUUGGAAACAUCAGAAGUUACUCUCCAUCGACCUGGACAAAGUAGUGUUACCCAACUUUCGGUCGAAUCGCCCUCAAGUGAGACCCUUGUCCCCUGGAGAAAGUGGUGCCUGGGACAUUCCUGGAGGGAUCAUGCCUGGCCGCUACAACCAGGAGGUGGGCCAGACCAUCCCUGUCUUUGCCUUCCUGGGAGCCAUGGUGGUCCUGGCUUUCUUUGUGGUACAAAUCAACAAGGCCAAGAGCAGGCCCAAGCGGAGGAAGCCCAGGGUGAAGCGCCCACAGCUCAUGCAGCAGGUCCACCCACCAAAGACCCCAUCAGUGUGACCAUCAGUCUGACUAACUUGUGUGAACCAGAUGCCUUUACUGCCUGCUCUGGUGAGCAAGCAGUGCUCAGAGGGUGUCUUGGGAGGCACCUGUUUCAGAGGGACCCCAUCUCCAGCUAUGGUUCCAGUAGAGUCUGUUUUGCCUGGGCCUCUCCUCCUGUGAAGCGUCCAGGCCCAUGGGACAUCCUGAAGUACCUCGUGGCCCUAGACACCAGCAGAAGGGAUUCCAGGCUCGGCCUCAAGUAGCAUUGUGCCCAGUAGCUGAGUGCACCAAAGACUGACAGAGCUUGGGGGAGCAGUGGGGAGCUUCUGCCCCAAGAGGGAGGAGUACUUUCUACAUAAACGCAACAACCCUGACCAAGCUAAGAUAUGCUUGUAAAGGCUAUUUUCUAUAUUUAUUGUGGGGAAGAGUCACUUUAAAGAUUUGUGCUAUUUUUUUGUUAACGGAAUGCGGUUUUCUUCUCUUACAUCAUGAGAAAGAACAUGGAUUCUAUGAUCUCCAUUUUGAUGGGAGGACAGACAGAUCUGAAGGAAACUUGCACAAAUCUGUGAAACACAGACCUUCGCUUUAUUUUUAUAAGUAUCGACUGCCAUCAUGUUUUGUAAUUUGGGGUCUUGAUCUCACCAUUGUCGGUGAAGGAUUUUCAAUAAAUACGCAUAGCCUGUAUGAAGCUCAAAGAGUGUGUUAGAGCAGGCUGUUAACGCCUGUCCUGGAGGGGCCAAGUCACAUACUGUAAGGUUUCCUGUUCUGUUUAAAGCGUGCAGUUCAUUGGGUUUCUGUGUACACACUCGGUCAUGCAACUGUCACCAUUGACAUCUUCAUUCCAGAACAUUUUCAUCACUCCCAAGAAAGCAAAGAUCCAUUAGCAGUCACCCCUCUCCUUCCUCAACCUGGGGCCUGUCUGCUCUCUGGCUCUGUGCAUUUGCCUGUUCUGGGCAUUUUGUCAGUGGACUUGCACACUCGUGGUCCUUU